AUGGCCAGCAAAGGACCCACGACUUCUGCAUCAACAAAGAACUCCAGUACGGGAGGGACCAGUGGCAGCAGCAGCAGUAACGGUACUGGGGACAAUACCAAUCAGGACAACACUUUUGAAUGUAACAUCUGUUUAGACACUGCCAAGGAUGCAGUUAUCAGCCUGUGUGGACACCUCUUCUGUUGGCCUUGUUUACACCAGGGAUUCCAGGGCUUUGGGUUUGGCGAUGGUGGCUUCCAAAUGUCAUUUGGAAUUGGGGCGUUUCCCUUUGGUAUAUUUGCAACAGCGUUCAACAUAAAUGACGGGCGGCCUCCUCCAGCUGUUCCAGGGACUCCUCAGUACGUGGAUGAGCAGUUCCUAUCCCGCCUCUUCCUGUUUGUGGCUCUGGUGAUAAUGUUCUGGCUGUUGAUUGCAUAAAUCUUUUCCAUUAUUCUGUAUAUUCAUGGCCAAAAAGGCCACUGAAACAGUUAAAAACUGCAUCCCUAUCCCAUUUUAAACCUCUUGGUGUCUGGUUCCGUAGCUAACUAUGGGCUUCAGGAAUUGGUGGUGCCACAGCACAGUAAGGAAUCUCACCAUUGCACCACAGUUGAAAAUUAAACAGUGGUUAAAGAGCAUAUUUCAGCUCAGCUGUCUUGUAUAGCAGGUUCCUGCCACAAACCACGGGCCUAGCUUUGGGCUGCGCUCCUAAAAGGAGCGCUGCUUUGAAAUCCUGUGCCAAUUGGUGACACCAGGUUUAUGUGAAAGACAGUUGCCCCAAGGUAGACAGGGCAGGUAAAGAAACUCCUGCAGUGUGAUCAGUAUCUCAUGCUUGGCAACCACGAUGGAUCUACCGGAGCUGCGGCUGUCAUUUCCUCGCAUCAACAUCCGACUUCCUUCAGGAGAUCAUCUGCAGCACUGCUGAGACUCUUUGGGCACAGCACGUGAUGCAAAUGGAACCAGGUUUGGAGACUGGUUUCUUUUCUUCGUGUGAUUUCCCAGCGUGUUGGAAAACCCCUCCUGAAGC